UGUGGAUAGAAACAGGUUCCCCUCUCUGCCACGUCAGCCUCUCCUCUUCUCUCGCUUCAAAGCAUCACUUUCUUCCUUCUUUUCAUUUCUUCCCACACUAUUUUCCCUGCAAUUUUUCCCGCAAUCCAAACUCCAAAAGUUUUCCCAUUGAUUACCUCGCAAUUUGUACAUGUCGAUUGAAUUUCACCACCGCUGCUUCGUAUCUUUAAGCAGGUCUUCAAAUCCAUGGAUUUCACGGAAUUCGUUUGGAGCCCAUGUUUGUUGCAAAAGAAUUGCUAACUUGGAUUAUCUGUUGACAAAUUGGGGUAAUUUGAGGAAGAACUGUCUUAUCCGGCAGACUUUGUCAGAUAGUCACAGGCUGGUGGCUUAUAGGAAAACUUUUUCAGCCCUUUGUAAAUCAAGAAGGAAGGGACUCCAUUCUCCUCUUGCAUCAGCUGAAGAUGGUGUUACUGUCAAUGGAAGUCCACAAACAAGUACAAGUACUGAUGUAGAUGAGAUAAUGGUCAAAUUAAAUCAGUCACUGCAGGGUGAAGAUUAUAGUAAUGGGCUUGUUCAAUCUCUACAUGAUGCCGCCAGGGUUUUUGAGCUAGCAAUCAAAGAACAAGGCUCAUUAUCAAAAAUGUCUUGGUUUUCAACGGCCUGGCUUGGUGUAGAUAGGAACGCAUGGGUGAAAACACUCUCUUAUCAGGCUGCUGUGUAUUCCCUAUUGCAAGCUGCGAGUGAGAUUUCAUGCCGGGGUGAUAGUAGAGACAGGGAUAUAAAUGUUUUUGUCCAAAGAAGUUUGUUGCGUCAAUCUGCUCCCUUGGAGAGCUUAAUCAGGGAGAAAUUAUCAGCUAAGCAACCUGAAGCAUAUGACUGGUUUUGGAUUGAGCAAGUUCCAGCUGUGGUUAUCUCUUUUGUACAUUAUUUUGAAGGAGAUCUACGGUACACUGCUGCCACUGAUGCGUGUGGGAAAGGCAAGCCCUUGGGUGCAGGAAGUUCAAGUGACAAAACUCUUCUCAUGCUUGCGCUGACUUGUGUUGCUGCGAUCACAAAACUUGGUCCUGCUAAAAUUUCCUGUUCUCAUUUCUUUUCCAUGAUUCCAGACUUAAGUGGUAGACUGAUGGACAUGCUGGUUGAUUUCAUUCCCAUACACCAAGCUUAUCAUUCUAUAAAGGAUAUUGGUCUAUGCAGAGAAUUUCUUGUCCAUUUUGGUCCCCGAGCUGCAGCAUGCAGAGUGGAAAAUGAUCAAGAUUCAGAGGAGGUUAUUUUCUGGGUCGAUCUUGUACAGAAGCAGCUGCAGCAAGCUAUAGAUAGAGAGAAAAUAUGGUCAAGGCUAACAACAUCUGAAAGCAUUGAGGUCUUGGAGAGGGAUUUGACCAUUUUUGGGUUCUUUAUAGCCUUAGGCAGAAAUACACAGGCUUUUUUAUCUGCUAAUGGAUUUGAUGUUAUAGAUGACCCUGUUGGAGGCUUCAUUAGGUACCUAAUAGGUGGCAGUGUACUAUACUAUCCUCAACUUUCAUCAAUAAGUUCUUACCAACUGUAUGUAGAGGUUGUGUGCGAAGAGCUAGACUGGCUUCCUUUUUAUCCUAGCAAUGUUGGCACAGCAAAACAGUCUCAUGGUCUUAAAAGUCAACGGGAAGGUCCUCCUAAUAUUAAAGCUAUUUCCCAAGCGUUGGAUGUUUGCUCUCAUUGGACGCAGAGCUUUAUUAAAUACAGUAGAUGGCUGGAAAAUCCUUCUAAUGUUAAGGCUGCAAGGUUCCUGUCUAGAGGGCACAACAAGUUGAUGGAGUGCAUGAAAGAACUCGGGAUACCAGAAAGGGAAAUGGUGGAGACAAGUUCUGUUGGUAGGACUGGAUUAGCAACAGACAAAGAGUCAGAUUCCUUUGACAAGGCAUUAGAGAGUGUUGAAGAAGCUCUAAAAAGACUGGAAAACUUGCUUCAACAGUUGCACGUUUCAAGUUCUUACUCUGGGAAAGAGCAAUUAAAAGCAGCUUGUUCUGACCUUGACAAAAUAAGGAAGUUAAAGAAAGAGGCUGAAUUUUUGGAAGCAUCUUUCAGAGCAAAAGAAGCUUUCUUUCGACAGGAUGAUGGUGAUGGUAGUUCUCAGUCCUCUGUUGGUGAGCAGCAACAGUACCCAAAGACAAAACCCAGAAAGAGUGCUACUGUAACAAAUGAUAGAAGUAACAGAGUUGUCAAUAAUUCUCGUGGAUUAUGGAGCUUGUUAACACGCCCUCCAAUUAGGAACCCUGACACUCAGUCAUCAGCUGUCGAGAAAUUGGGGAAUGAAUUUAUUGAGGAGAAUACUUCAAAUAUUUGCAUUGCUGAUUCAGAACAAAAUGAAAUCCGUCGUUUUGAGCAAUUGAGGAAUGAACUAAUUGAGCUUGAGAAACGUGUUAAAAGAAGUGCAGAUCAGUCAGCAUAUGAGGAUAUUAAGGUUAGAGAAGGUAAUCAUAUCACUACUGAUGAUGCUGGUUGUGCUCAAUUGGUUGAGGUCCAGAAGAAAGAAAGUGUCAUUGAAAAAUCAUUGAACAAGAUAAAAGAAACAACCACGGAUGUCUUCCAAGGAACUCAGCUUCUAGCCAUUGAUGUUGCUGCUGCAAUGGAGUUGCUUAGAAGGGUCUUGAUAGGGGAUGAAUUAGCGGAGAAAGAAAAGAAAGCCCUCCAGAGAACUCUAACUGACUUAGCAUCAGUUGUUCCAAUUGGUGUUCUAAUGCUUCUUCCUGUUACUGCUGUUGGGCAUGCCGCCAUUUUGGCUGCCAUUCAAAGAUAUGUCCCAGCUCUGAUACCAUCCACUUAUGGAUCUGAAAGGCUAGAUCUCUUGAGGCAGCUUGAGAAAGUGAAGGAAAUGGAAACCAGUGAAGUGGACUGUGAAGAAAAUUUGGAGGAAGAUGCCUGAAUAGCAGUUGAGAUCUUGUACAGCCCUUAAAAUCGAAACAAUCCUCAUAUAGGGUAGGCACCAAUGGCUGCAGUCUUGUGGAGCAUUAGCAGGAGUACCUGGCUCACGGUGCCUUGACGGGUGACCAUCUUUCCUGAACUCUGUCAGAUAUGUAAUGUUUAACAACUGAACCUUCCAGUUCCCAUAUUUCAUUUGUUUGAUUACAUCAGAAAUGUAUUUAUUAUUCCAUGGCUCAGCCUUAAGCAUCGUGUAGUUUUCUUCUGGUUCCAUUUCAGCAUCACACAGGCCCCCUUCAUUCCA